UCAAGUUGCGCCUAGUCCCUGACUGGCCUGGCAGGACUAAACUAGCAAUACUCUCGAACAGGACGAGAUAACACGUUAGAUUCGGGAUAAUAUGUGAACCUGUUUACAUGCAAUGGAAUUUCUAUUGAGAUCGGUGGAUGUAUUAAUGUCAUGAUUCAAAGGUGGAAGCGGCUUGAGGCUGGCAGUUAGACGACCCUCCCCCAUCGUCGGAGAGGCGGCGUCAGGGCCGGUGUGAGGGCCGGUGCUGGAUCCAGAGACCCCUGCCAGGGGGGGGGUUUCGGGGCCCUCACCGCCCUGCGGGUGUGAGUCUGGACCAUGGGGGACGUGGGUGCGGCGGCGGCGGGGGGCGGGGUCAAGGUGAUCCGCUCGCACACGUUGUUUGACAACUUCGUCCAGGCCAGCACAUUCAAGGGCACGCUGAAGGCCUUCCAGGAGCUGUGUGACCACCUGGAGCUCCAGCCCACAGACUCCCGGGUCUUCUACCACAAGCUCAAGUCCAAGCUCAACUACUGGAAGGCCAAGGCGCUCUGGGCCAAGCUGGACAAGAGGGCCGCCCAGAAGGAGUACAAGAAGGGCCGAGCGUGCGCCAACUCUAAGUGUCUGAUCAUCGGUGCGGGGCCAUGCGGCCUGCGUACGGCCAUAGAGCUGGGCUUCCUGGGGGCCAAGGUAGUGCUGCUGGAGAAGAGAGACGCCUUCUCCAGGAACAACGUGCUCCACCUCUGGCCCUUCACCAUCCAGGACCUCCGGGGCCUGGGGGCCAAGAAGUUCUACGGGAAGUUCUGCGCCGGCGCUAUCGAUCAUAUCAGUAUCCGUCAACUCCAACUCAUGCUGCUCAAGGUGGCUCUGCUGGUGGGCAUCGAGAUCCACGUCAACGUGGAGUUCAAGGGGCUGAUCGAGCCCCCCGAGGACCAGGAGAGCGAAAAGAUAGGCUGGCGGGCUGAGAUUAACCCCAGGACACACCCCGUCAACGAGCUGGAGUUUGAUGUCAUCAUCGGGGCCGAUGGAAGGAGAAACACCCUGGCAGGAUUCGCACGCAAGGAGUUUCGGGGAAAGCUGGCCAUCGCCAUCACGGCGAACUUCAUCAACAGGCACACGACGGCAGAGGCCAGCGUGGAGGAGAUCAGCGGCGUGGCGUUCAUCUUCAACCAAAAGUUCUUCCAGGACCUCCGAGAAGCCACAGGGGUCGACCUGGAAAACAUCGUCUACUACAAGGACGACACACACUACUUUGUGAUGACGGCCAAGAAGCAGAGCCUCCUGGAGAAAGGAGUCAUCCUGCAUGACUACGCGGACACGGAGAUGCUGCUGUCCCGGGCCAACGUGGACCAGGCCGCCCUGCUCUCCUACGCCUGCGAGGCCGCCGACUUCUCCACCAAUCGGCAGCUGCCCGCGCUCGACUUUGCCAUCAACCACUACGGCCUGCCCGACGUGGCCAUGUUCGACUUCACGUGCAUGUACGCCUCGGAGAACGCCGCGCUGGUCCGGCAGCGCCACGGCCACAAACUGCUGGUGGCGCUGGUGGGGGACAGCCUGCUGGAGCCUUUCUGGCCGAUGGGGACGGGCAUUGCCCGAGGGUUCCUCGCUGGCAUCGACUCAGCCUGGAUGGUGCGAAGCUGGGCUCAGGGAAACAGCCCCUUGGAGGUGUUGGCCGAGAGGGAGAGUAUUUACCGCCUGCUGCCGCAGACCACACCGGAGAACGUCAGUAAGAACUUCAGUCAUUACAGCGUGGAUCCCACCACGCGCUACCCCAACGUCAGCCUCAACUUCCUCAGGCCAAACCAGGUCCGCCACCUUAUUGACAACGGGGAGUCCAGAGAAAUGCGCAUUGAGAUUGAGAACGUGAUCAACUCUGCGUCGUCCAAAUUGACCAGGAACGAAUAUUACCGGUAUGACAAGCGGUUGCGAGAAUCCAUCGCUCGAUCCAGUAAGCUUCUCAACUGGUGCCAGAGGCAGACGGAGGGCUAUAAAAACGUCAAUGUUACGGACCUCACCACGUCCUGGAAGAGUGGGCUGGCCCUGUGCGCCCUCAUACACCGAUACAGACCGGAUCUCAUGGAAUACGACUCGUUAGAUGAGCGGAACCAGGAGAGGAACAAUCAGUUGGCGUUCGACGUGGCAGAGCGGGAGUUUGGCAUCUCCCCCUGCAUGACGGGCAAGGAGAUGACCUCCGUGGCAGAGCCCGAUAAGCUCUCCAUGGUCAUGUACAUCAGCCAGUUCUACGAGAUGUUUAAGGACACAGUGCCACCCGGAGAUAACCCCAACCUGAGUCCAGAGGACAAGACGGCGUUGAUCGCGAGCACCAAGUCGCCCAUCUCCUUCCUCAGCAAGCUUGGCCAGAGCAUCGCCAUCUCCAGGAAACGCAACCCCAAGGACAAAAAGGAGAAGGAAACGGACGGUUUGGGGAAGAGGAGAAAAACCAUCCAGGCGGGGAAUUCUGAAGACGAGGAUCAGGUGAGGACGGGGCCUGACGACAGGCCGUCGCCCUCCACCACCCUGACGGACAGGAGGGUGGACCCCUCGGCCACGGCGGGGGGCCGGGACAACAAGGUCAAGGUGAUGGCCAACCAGCUGCUGGCCAAGUUUGAGGAGAACGCGCCGGAGAAGUCGACGGGCCUCAAGAGACAGGCGGGCUCCCUCCCCAAUCUGGACCGCAUUCUCACCAUUAGCCCGCCUGCUGCCCCUCACAAGCAGCCCAGCCGCCUGGCCCCUGUGCCAGCGUGGAGAAAGAGGCGAACACAACAGCAGGAGCAGCUCAGCAUUCGCUAUAAAGAGCGGGUGAAGCAUCAGACUCAGCCUGGCCAAGGGGAGCAGGGACCGGCCAGGAGCAACACCGACCACCUGCCCAGCUCGGCCUCUCGAAGCUGUCCUAAGAAAACCAUUCUGCUUCCCUCUUCUUCCUCCACCUCUUCACUCUCUCUUCACUCACAGGAAUGGAAGCCGUUGCACUUGGAGGAUCCCGGGCCCAUUCACAUCCCUAGCAUACAGGAAAGGGCUGAUUGUCUGAUCUCUAAGUUUAAAGGCAAGCCUAAGAAGCCUCCCAAGCCCAAGAGCAAGCCCUCACAUUUCUUUGUAGAACAGUGGUACCUCUCCCGGGGCCUGCGUCCCAGUGUCUCACCCCUGUCCUCCCCAGACUCUCCCAGAAAGGAGCCGGCCAGGGCUCUCCGCUCGGAGAACCAAGGUCCCUUACACGUGCUUAGCAUUCAGCAGAGGGCUCAACAGCUUGCCUCUCAGUUUGAGGGCAAGCCAGCCAGACCACAGACCAAGAAGAAACCUUCACGUUCCUUAAUGGAACAGUGGCACCUGGCCCGGUCGCACAGCCCCCCCGAGUCUCCCCUCUCUUCCCCUGAUACUUUCAGACAGCGCUAUGUAAAGAUGUACACAGGGGGCGUUAGCUUAUUGGCUGAUCAGAUAGCCAAUCAGCUUCAGUCUCACGAAGAACCCAAGCCCCUGCUUGACAAGAGGGAACUGGGCUCCCUGAGGAAGGAGUUCCCGGUGAACAUCGGCGGCAGCGACGUGUGCUUCUUCUGCAGCAAGCGCGUGUACGUGAUGGAGCGGCUGAGUGCCGAGGGGCGCUUCUUCCACCGCAGCUGCUUUAAGUGCGACUACUGCGGCACCACGCUGCGCCUGUCCUCCUACGCCUUCGACGUGGAGGACGGUAAAUUUUACUGCAAGCCCCACUACUGCUAUCGCUCGUCAGGCCAAGGCCAGAGGAAGAGGCCGGCCCCCUCCCCCGCGUUACCCAGACCUAAGACGGAGAUCGUGGCGGCCAGCCGGCCCGACCCGGCCAUGGUGGACGCCCCCCAAGGCGCGGGCCUCGUAACCCCGACGGGCCCCUCUGCCGAGCGCCGCUCCUCAGUCCCGGAGGCCAACGGCCUGCCGGAGCCCGUCCUCCCCAAGCGUCUGCGCGGGACCCCGGAGCGCAUCGAGCUGGAGAACUACCAGCUGUCCCUGCAGAGGGAGGAGGUGCUGGAGGAGGUGCCGGAGGAGACUCUGGCCGAGCACAACCUCAGCAGCGUGCUGGACAAGACCCUGCACGCCGACCCUGGCUCCAGCAGCAGCUCAGAGUCUGACAUGGACGACGAGGAUGAGGAGGAAGAAGAGGAGGAACCAGAGGAAGUGGAGCAGCAGCAGCUACAGGAGGAGGUGCAGCAGCAGCAGCAGGAGGAGGAGGAGGAGCAGUCGCUCCCCAAAAGCCCCUCUGAUCUGGGAGGCGUCCCCUGGAGGGAGGCGGUGGAGCUCCACGCCAAGCUGAAGGGAGACAGCGAAGAAGGCGGAGAAGGUGGAGAGGGAGGCGAGGAAGGCGCCAUCCGGAGAGAGGAGGAGGAAGAGGGAGCGGACGCGGAAGACGAAUAUGAGGAAGACGAAGAGGAGGAGGAGGAUGACGAGGAAGAGUCUAGCGACGAGGGGGAGUACUUCCCCUGGGAGAGGGAGCUUCAGUCAGGGCUUUGGCUGGAGAAGUACCUCACAGACGAAGAGGAUGUUGGUACAUUUAAAGCCAGGAACCUCCUGAUCCAGCAGGUGCUGCAGCCUGUGGACCCGCGGGCCCCGGCCAGUCUGGGCGGGAGGGCGCCGGGCGUGGAUUCAGAGGGCAACAGGCCGCUGUCUAACACCUCCCAGCUGUCCCAGCCCUCUGAGCAAACCCAGCUCUCCUCGACAGCCGUAGCCGCGGCAUCCACCCACGCGUCCCCCCGGCAGGACGCAGUGAGAGUGUGGCUGGACAGCAUCUCGGGAGAGCCCUGCGAGGAUCUGGAGCCGGAGCAAGAGGCCUACGCUCCUGAUUUAGAGCCUGGCACACAGAUGGAUCAGGAUGACAUCCCCUCGGAUGCAGAGGCGGAGGCUCGCCUGCACCCGUCGGAACACGUUCAGUCACUUCCUGCGGAGGACAGGAAGUCCAGGUUCCUGGGAAAUGUGUCCAGCGUCGAAGUAUCCAGUAUCAGUCCUUUCCAGAAAGAAGAUAUAAUUGUUUCUCCCAGCAAGCCAUCUGCAGAGCUUGAGAUACAGAUAAAGCCCCCAUCUCCCCGCUCCUCGGUGGAGUCUCCCAGCUCGCCCUUUUCCCCGGCACCCUUCGUACCGGAGACGGCCCUGCCCGAGAGCGCCCCCCCGUCGCCCUUACCCGGGAGCCCGCGGGGCUGUUCGCCGUCUCCCGCCGUUUCUCCCGGUCCCACUCCCGGUCCCACUCCCGCUCUCUCUCCAGCUCUCACUCCCGCUCUCACUCCCGCUCCAUCUCCGGGCCUUCCGGCAUCCCCCGCCGUAUCUCCCGCCCCGUCGCCCACCACCUUCGCCUUCACGCCGCCGAUCCGGUCGCAGCCCGUCCCCCUGCCGGCGUCCUCCGGCGCCUCCGUGUCUCCGGUGUAUCCCGACCGCUCCAUCUGCCCCCUCACCGGCAACCCCCUCUCCCCCAUCUGCGCCCCGUCGCUACCCUGCCGAGAAGCGGCCUCGCCCAAAGCCUCCCGGUCCCCGGUCCGGACGCAGCCGGUCCCCGCGCUCAGCUCCACGCCGCGGCCCGACGCGGCGGACGCGGAGCAGCCCCCGGACGCCCCCUCGGAGGACACCCCCUCCAAGAAGGCCGACAUCAUCGAGGAGUUCUGGCUCAAGAGCGCCGAGAUCCGGAAGAGCCUGGGCCUCACGCCGCUGGACCGCAGCAGCAGGAUCCUGGAGAAGAGCCCCGACACGUCCUCCUCCAGCUCCAGCCCCGCCCCCUCGCCCCCGGCCCCCUCCGCCUCCAGCACCACCACCCCGAAGCCGCUCCGCCCCCCGUCUCUGUCGGCGGAGCCCAAGCGGCCCGUCAUCCGCCGGCUCAACAUCACCCUGGAGGGUCAGGUGAUCACCCCCAUCGCCGCGCCCCCCUCCUCCGCGGGCGCGCUCCAGGGCAACGGCUCCGAUAAGAAAGCGCUGAGCAGCAGCGGCGGCUCCGGCCCGGGGCUCCAACGGAGCGCGGCCCCCCGGAGCCGGGCGGCGCACAGCGAGAGCUCCAACGCCUCGGACUCCACCAUGAUGACCCCGCCGUCAAGCCCGCCCCCGCCGGUGCCCGCCAACCAGUCCCCGGCCGUGCUCCGCCCCCAGAGGCACCAGGUGGCCUGGACCAACGGCAAGGAGAAGCCAGGGGUCACGCUGGCCAACGGCCCGUCCGCCGCCAAACCAAAGACCCCCGUGUCGCCCCCCAGAGUCAAAAGCCCGGUCUCGCCCCCGAGGGCCAAAACCCCCGUUUCGCCUCAGAGAGCGAAAACGCCGGUACCCACGCCGCGCACCCAGCUCAGCCCCGUUGUGACGGGGCCCAAGCCUGCCCUCCGGACCCCCACCUCGCCGAUCAAGGCCCCCAAGGGGGAGGAGGAGAAGGAGGAGAAGGAGGAGGAGGUGGUGGUGGUGGUCAUGAGGGAGAAAAAGAGGCCCCGGCGGGAGGAGGCCCGCAAGUCGUUUGUGGAGACGGUGGCGGAGAUCCCGUUCGCCGACGACGUGGACGAGAACUUUGACGAGCGCACCCCGGAGACCAGCCUGAACAAGUACUACACCCCGCCCACCAGCCUCCGGCCCCCCCUGCACCUGGCCCUGGCCAUGGAGAACGGCAAGCCCAACAUCCCCGGGCACCCGAGGGCCACCCAGUUCUCCCCGGAGGCCAAGGAGAUCGCCGAGGAGCGGAUGAGGGCCCGGGAGAAGUCCAUCAAGAGCCAGGCCCUGAAGGACGCCAUGAGCAAGCAGCUGACCAAGAUGAAGGAGUCGGACGCGGUCAAGAGUGCGGCGUCCAAGGUGGCCUGGACCGUUGCCGCCGCCGACAACGGCGGGAAGGGCAGGAAGCCGGCCAUCUCGCCCAACACGUCGGCCGUCAAGGCCCUGGAGUCGAAGAAGGCGGAGACGCUGCCGGAGCGCUUCUUCGGCGGCAACAAGAGCCUGGACGGCUCGGUGGCCUCGUCCGAGGGCUCCUCGGGGGGCAAGAGCAAGAAGCGCAGCUCCCUGUUCUCGCCGAGGAAGAGCAAGAAGGAGAAGAAGGCCAAGAACGAGGGCGGCAGGCCCUCGGGCGAGGGCGAGACGCCGCCCAAACACAAGUCCCUGUGGAAGGCUGUGUUCUCGGGCUACAAGAAGGACAAAAAGAAGAGGCAGCAGAGCGAGGAGAAGUCGUGUCCCAGCACGCCGUCCUCGAGCUCCACCACGCAGGACUCGGGGAAGAAGGGCAGGUCGUCGCCCGACGGGAAGUCGUCAGAGCUAAAGUCGCGCCGUAACCUGAGCUUCUCCGAGGAGUCAGACCUGUCCUGCGACGACGUUCUGGAAAGAUCCUCCCAGAAGUCCAAGGCAGACCGGCACGCGGACAUCUUCGACUUAGUGUCAGGCAUUCAGCAGGAGGCUCUGAGAGAGGAGAAACUUGGGAAGGAAAGGAGGAGAGUGUUGAAGGAGAGGAUGAGGGCAAAGGAAAGGAAAAAGGAGAAAGCUAAAGCAUGUGACAGAGAAGCUGUUCGGGAAAGAGAGACCGGAGCUGAUGAGUCUGUUUAUGUCCCCCAUGCACUGGCCUUCAAGAGAUCGUAUGCUACAAAGAAAACGUACACGGAGGAGGAGCUGAACGCCAAGCUCACCCGGCGGGUGCAGAAGGCGGCGCGGCGGCAGGCCAAGCAGGAGGAGCUCAAGAGGCUGCACCGGGCGCAGAUCAUCCAGAGACAGCUGGAGCAGGUGGAGGAGAAGCAGAGGCAGCUGGAGGAGAGGGGGGUGGCCGUAGAGAAGGCCCUGCGAGGGGAAGCAGGGUUGUAUAAAGGUACUUGUACAAUACCCAAACAGCACAAACGAAGAUCAGACUAUUGGGGAGAUUCUAAUUACAGUGAAAUCCUGGACUUGCAUCUGGGCGUUGAAUCUUCCCCGGUGCGGACCUACCGCCGAAGAACCCUCUCCCUGUGCUCCUGCUGGUCCCCCGAAGGCAUGGGAAAGAAAGACGACCCCAAGUUGAUGCAGGAGUGGUUCAAACUGGUGCAGGAGAAGAACGCGCUGGUCCGCUACGAGUCGGAGCUCAUGAUAUUCGCCAGGGAGCUGGAGCUGGAAGACCGGCAGAGCAGGCUCCAGCAGGACCUGAGGGAGAGGAUGGCUGUGGAAGACCACCUGAAGACGGAGCAGGAGCUGAGCCGAGAGAAGCAGAUCCUCAACGAGAUGCUGGAGGUGGUGGAGCAGCGGGACUCCCUGGUGGCCCUUCUGGAGGAGCAGAGGCUCCGCGAGAAGGAGGAGGAUAAGGACCUGGAGUCGGUGAUGCUCUCCAAGGGCUUCAACCUCAACUGGGUGUGAGGGCAGCCGCCCCCCCCACACAAACACACACAGACCAAGCCGCCCGGAAUGUCCUUUUUGCUUUUUCUUUCUUUUUUUCCCCUGCAAGACUGCGAUGUUUCAGCUAUGGAAACCAGUCGCUAAACGCAGAGGUCGCUAAACGCAGAGAUCGACCCCUUCUCCAGUAUGACCCCACUCGUCGGCCCGUACUUGCCUUUCUCACAGGGUCUUUGGGUUGUGUGAGUGCGUGUGUGUUUUGCCAGGGCCCUACGGAGAGGACUGACGGAUGAAUGCAGAGUCUCCGCUACUGCCACACCCACAGCCGUGAAUGUGUAGUGUUCUCCCGCUGCAGCCACGAGUGUGACGGAACGGAUUCUGUUUAGUUUUUAACCUUUACGUCGGAAAAACCGGCUGCUAGAAACCGAUGUUGACGUUAGUUCCGUCGGUCACUUUUUAUGUUUACGUUAGUUUUUUUUUUACGCUAAACGGUAAAAAAAGAAAAAAUGGACGUUACCGUUUACAUAUUUGCUUCCCCCCCCCCCUGCUCCCACCCAAAAAAGGCUUAUGGGGUAUCCAGAUCUGGAGAGCCUGAUUAUGGCGAGCCACAGCUUUAGUAUUGCUUAAAAUGUUCCUCUUUAUAAGAGGAACUUUGGGAGAAUUUAGAAAAUAAUCAAAGGGUUUUAUCAUCUAAAAGGGAAAAAAAAGAGAGGUUGGGUCCUACUGAUGUAAAGGAGUUGUACAGAUUCACUGGUAGGUAUAUCACAUUUCACAGUAUAUAGAGAGUUCUUGUUUAUUGCUUUGCAAGGACUGCUAAAGAGAUUGUUUGCGUGCUGCAGAGAUGCCUCACACUCAACUCUCCCAACUGCGGGGGAUCCGUUGUGAUUGGCGACCCCGACGAGGGAAACUGACACUCCACUUAGGCUGCCUUUCUAUCCAAUCACAGGCCAGCCCCUGUGUCCUUAGGAGUUGUUUCCGAAAGAGGCUCAAAGACUUUAUUUUAUUUCAUGCUCCCUUUUCCCCUGACAAUGAUUUUUUAAAUCCGUUUGAAUGUGGCCGCAUGGGCUUCACAAGCACUCGUUAGAGUGGGUUGCUUUCAGCAGAUAUAACGGGUUUUCCUCUGUGUAACCAGAGUAACCAGACCUCAACCAUUCUUAACCAGGCAUACCUUGAUAGGAACUGCAUGUCAAGAGCAGCGAGCACAGGAUCAGGACAAAGUCUGCAUUUUUUGGACUUGCAUUGUCUGAUUAGAAAAUAGAUUAGCAAACACAAAGGGAUUUUAAGAUUUUCACAAAGUAAAAAAGUCAUUUUCCCCAUUGCCUGGUAUUUCUUGGCAGCAAUCUUGUUUUGGGUUACAUCAAACCCAGUUUUAAUCUACUAGCUCAGUGCAAUAAUUACACACACACAAACAUCUGUGGGAUUACAUAUCCCUACUCCAUAACGGGCAUUAGUAGAGUGAGAAUGGAUAAGGCUUCUCCCUUGGCUGUUAUUGAGGGUUCCUACUGUGUGGUUGUGUUGGUUUGGGGCAGGUUUCUGUUGUUACUGGGUAGGUCCACUGAGUCAGAUGCUACCGGACAUGUUGGUUCAGCCGCUGCAACAACAAAGGAAUUCACCACAAACACAUAAACGCUAGUGUUAUUCUCGAACAAAAGGCCUUUUUAGUUCUGUCGUCAUCGGACACGAUUCAUGUUGGAUGUCUGUGGGUUUACUUUGAGGUGCGGCAAACAUUUGUACAUCUCACUGGGAAUACACUUUUACUUUUUUUUUUAAGUCAAAUGUUUUUAUACAAAAGGACUUCAUAACCGUUUUUUUUUGUUUUUUUUAAGCAUAGACCAGAGAACAUGAGAUCUACGAACAACCCGUGGUUUGGGACAUGUAGUUCCUUGUUCAGCGUUUGAAUCCACUAGUUUUCUCACAAACUGUAGACACAAAAGGGUCUUCACUGUUUUUCUUGCAAAGACACCUUGUGCCAGAGGCUAUAUUUAUGACUUGAGCUGUGAAGGAAAUGUUACACAAUUUCAAGGCUUUUAAAUGGUGUGACAUGUUUGACAGAUUGUGUUGAUAUUUAUUAAUGUGUGCAAGGCUGUAUUAUAUGUUAUUAUAUGUACAAAAAAAUGGAAUCCUAAUUUUUAAAAUGCCAUGUUCACUAUUGGCUUGUAAAUGCUUCAUGUAGCUAAAGCCGCAUAGGGUGUUGGAUGUAUGCUGAAAUGGCAAUAAAACAAUGCAGUAAUUUUGA